AUGUCUGCCGUCCUGCGUCGUCUCUGGCAAAAGAUUCGCGCGCCUAGAUAUUAUGUGGGGCGUGAUCUGGAAGGGAACAGAUUUUUUGAGCAUCCCAACCCGAAUGACGAUUCGAGGACGAAGCGCGUCGUGAAGUACCAGCGGGGUCGGGACAUGUGGCAUUACAUCGCAGGAAACAGACGAAUCGCAGUGCAAUGGACAUCGUGGCUCACACACACCCGCCCGAACCCGCCUACCCUGGAGGAACUCCAAGCAGACGCGGAACGCCAGCGCCGGGUCCUCCUCAAUGUUGCUAUCCUUGAGGCUCGCGAUCGCGAGGAGCGCGCGCGGGUCCAGCAGCAGGCCGAGGUGCAAGCGACACUGCAGGCGCCCCCACUCGCGUCCGCAUCUAUGCCUGCAAGCAACACUUCAGCCGCUCCCACUGCGAAACCAAACGCGCCACCAAAAUCUGUCGAGCAGCCCGCGCCUGGUGCAUCUCCAGAACCUGCAGAACGUGCGGGCGCGCGAGGCCAGCCGUCGGACUUCCCGUUCCCCCAGCCGCCGUCGGACGAGCCGCAAUCGUGGAGUCCACGCACGAUACGGAGGGGUGGUGGGUAG